AUGAUUGUCGACUUUUGUAUCCAAAAACAGUCAAAAGAUUACAUUAAAACAGACAUUAUGGACAAACUCUACAAAGGAAAUGACAAUGUGCCCUUGGUUGAUCCUGCAAACAUCAUCUAUGACGGAUGUGACGAUCUUGCCAUUCGCGUUGUUCGACAAGGAUCGCUACUGCGCAAAGAAGGUGUGUUUAAACGAUCCUAUCGGCCCGUCAAUGCUGUCCUGUCCACUUCUGGAUAUCUGCAUACUCUGCCACCACUUUCAUCAACACCCAUAGGAGCUACGCAUUCUGACACUUCAUCUGCAGGCGGUCCAUUUUCUCCUACUGGCAACAAACCGGAUUUUUCGGCUGAUUUCAUACUUGAAAUGCCUGAGCUGACGCUUGAUUUGGCAGAAUACACCUUGCUUCCACUUAAUCUUGGCGAUAAAGAUCACAAAGACAUUGUUUUUGUUGGGAAAAACUCGGGUAUGUUUGGACGAGAUAUCAAACACAAAUUCAAGGGGAAAACCAUGGUUGAAAGUGCGGAUUGGUGGACUGCAAUCAAUGAACAUAUGAAACAGAUGGGAACACGGACUUUGGUUGGAACACCCACUACACAGCACUCAAAACCAGCUUUUGCUGGUACUGCUCCUUUACCAAAAGAAGGUGCAGAUGGAUCGACCGGACUUUCUCAACGCGCUGCUGCAUCUGUAGCUACUGCGAAUGCUCCAUCGACGUCUCUUCAAGCUCGAUUGGGAGCCGUUGUAAGUCAUAGCAAAUCCGAUACGAUUCAUGCUACUUCUGGUACACGACCAGUGAGUAUGCCUGCACCGCCUCUACCUGGUUGA